AUGGGUGAUGAUGACAAGUUUGUUGAUUUCUAUGCUAGGCUCAGUGUUGUUGUGAAUGGUUGUUUCAACUUAGGAGAUCCCAUGCCUCAGCACAGAAUAGUCAAGAAAAUACUCAGGUCUCUUCCUAUGAAAUAUCAUUCCAAGAAGAUAGCCAUUCAAGAGUCGAAGGACCUGAAUACCUAUAAUAUGCAAGAAUUGAUUGGAAACUUAACCACAUAUGAGAUGGAACUCCCUGAUGAAAUGAAGAGCAAAAGCAUAGCUCUUAAAGUGAAGAAAGACAUUGAAGAUGAGUCAACAGAUGAAGAGGAUGCUGAUGAAGAUGAAAUUGAUCUUAAGUCCAAGAAUAAACGGAAUAAAGAAAUGAAUGUUACUUGGAGUGACAGUGAAGAUGACUCUAUGCUUGAAAGUGAUUCUGAAGUGGUGGCCUUGGUAGGAUUAACGACUACUGGUGCUGAGUCUGAAGUUGAAGAAUUUGAUCUUAAGGAAGUAAUGCAACAAUAUAUCAUGUUGUCUGAGGCUUCAAAAGAAUUGAAGAAAAGAAAUUUAGAAUUGAGUAAUGAAGUUGAGAACUUGAAGACUAAUAUUAGUAGGACUGAAGCUGGAUUUCAAUCCCAAUUGGAGGCAGGUGUUGCAGUGAGAAAGUCUCUUGUGGAGGACUUUCAAUCCCUUCAACAAAAGUACCAAGAGAGAUGUGAUAAAGUUGAGGAGCUUAAAACUGAAAAGGCUUGUCUGUUAUAUAAGCUUGAGCAAAUGAAAACCAAGGGUGGAUGCAAUUCUUCAAGUGGUGAAAAGUUAGAAAAUAUUCUAAUGAUUGGUAAAAAAUUUGGAGAUAAACAUGGCCUGGGAUAUGAUGUUGAAAGUUCAUCCAAAGGAGAGCAUGUCAUCAAGUUUGUUAAAGGUUCUGAUCAUUCCUCGUCACAAUCCACUUUCCCUGUGCGUGAAGAACCUAAACCAAUGUUGAAGAAUUUUGUGCCUGUGUGUCAUCAUUGUGGAAAGAGAGGACAUAUAAGACCGAGGUGCAAUCAACUAAGAAAGAGUUCUUCGAAUGACAAGAAGCCACUCAUGAUAAAAAGAAAGAAUAUCUUCAAUUAA